AUGUCGGUCCCUUCGCCUUUGCCUCCCGGCAUAAGUCCGCCCCUCUCAACCGACAACCCCAAUAACCAUAGCGGGUUGAUCGUGGUGAUCACUUCACUCUAUAUCCUUCUGGUGAUUGUUGCGCUCGUGACACGAAUCUCCGUUUCGUUUCAUCGGCGUAUUAUGCAACAUAAUAAUGUUUCCUUCGGCUUCCUCAUAGUUGUCGCAACGACUCAAGCGGCGGUAGUGCUCGCACAAGUUCACGAAGGUUGGGGUAUCCGGACAAAACCCGGUCAAACUACAAGCGAUCGAAUGCUCAAGACUGGAUAUGCUGCGGAUCUACUUUCAAUAAUUGUCUUGGGCUGCUCCAAGAUAUCGACUUGUCUAUUCUACAGUACCCUCUUUUCACAGAUACACAAGAUCUUUAUCCGCAUCAACCUGGUUGCAAUGGUUGCUUGGACGAUCCUGUCCGUGAUACUACUAGCAGUCCGCUGUAGCCAUGACCCAUGGAUGGAUAUCAGCGUCGCCCAGUGUAGCAGUCUGUUCCCCCGAUGGCAGGCGAUCACAGCGAUCGACAUCGCCACGGAAGUCUCUCUGUUCAUCUUUACUGCGAUGGCAGUGCAACAAAUCCAGAUAUCAACGACAAAAAAACUGGUAGUAUUCAUAGCUCUCCAGACCCGAGUACUUCUCAUCCCCCUCUCUGGUCUGCGCCUGUACUACACCAAAUUGCAAAUCACCUCCGAUGACCCAAUCCUCGUCGGUGCCUUCGCAACCGUCGUAGCGGAGAUCUACCUUGCGAUCAGCGUGUUAUGUGUUGUAAGCGCAUUCUUCAAAUCUUUCAUCGCAGCCUACGAAGACAGUAAUGGAAUCUCCUACACAAACGGGACUUCUGGAUCGCAAUCAAAAUCAAGGCGGAUGGACUCGAGGAAUACCAUUACGCACAAGGACAACAAUACUGCUCCGGGUGUUCUACGCGGCUGGGAACGAGAGGAGGACCCCAUUAUCGGUCCCACUGAUCCGAAGAGUGGGUUGAAGAUUUAUACAUCAGUGCACUUCAGUGUGAGGGAUGAGAAUAUUGAGUUAGCCGAUCGUGAAAGUGCAGAAGGGCGUCGAGAUGGAUUUUGA